CUACAGCAAUCAAAGACCAGCACUGGUGAGAGAUGAAAAGUGAUACGAGGACAGCAGUAAGCAUCUCGUUUGAGGCAUCCCUGCAACACAAUUCUACGUCUUCCAGCUACAAGGUACACUUGUAUCCUGCUUUUCAGAGAAAAACUGUGCUGUCAAACAGGAGCAAUAGAUGAAUUGUAAUAUGGUUAAAAGCCAAUACAAGUGAUGUUGGUUUUCCUAAAAGGAAAAGGCUGCUCUGAGUGUUUUACAUGCCACAUAAAUCUUACAGAUAUUUAAUUUCUCAUGAACCUAAACAUUUGUUUACAAGAAUGACUUUAAUUUCUAUGAAAUGACAGUUUUCCUUCCUCCGAGGUUAAAUUCAGUGAUUGAAGCUGAGAGCAGCAACUGAAGAGAUUCUGCUAAUACUCUGCCUUGUAGGAAUAAAAAGAAAGUGGCCAGAGAGCUGGACAUCUGUAGUGGCACAGGAAGGUAUUUUGGGAUGUGCACUAAGAAAGCAAGAGGGCAAGAAAAUAGACAAGUGAUGUAAAGAGCAGACAGAAAUACAGCUUUAAAUCAGAACAGGAGAGAAAUGAAAGAAGGUUGGGAGAAUCACAAUAGUCGACAGGCAAAGAGGAUGAGGCAUAUUGUGGCAGGCAACUGAGAGAACAUGGACAAAAACCCAUCGUAAAAAGAAUAAAUAAAAAACGAAUUCUACAGCAAGGUGUGGGGAGCUUGAGGAAGUGAGUUCACCGUUUGUGUGGUGCCAGGCUACACGAUGCCUUACUGGGAUCCAGAGUACCCUGCACAGCCACUUUGGCAGUCUGUCUUCUUCUUCUGCUGCAAGAGCAUGAUUGAAGGCAUCAUUGUCAUCCUCUUCAUCUGGCUGCUCAUUCAGGUUCUCCUCAACAAACACCUGGAAGUGCACUUGCAGAUCCUUCUGGGUGUGGGCCUCGCUGUCUUCUGUUUCUGCAUUAUUUUGGGCUGCAUCCUGUGUUGGAGGCGCAGGAAGUCCUUCCCAGAGGAAGACAAGGCCCCUCCAAAGACCACUGAUCAUGUAGCAGUGGACCUUUCUUCCAUCCUUUCUCCUGCCUCCAGUGCCAAAGCUAACACCACUCCCAUCAAGCAGCAAUAUGAAGAGCUGGAGGGAGAUGUCCUAGAUUACCCGACACAGGUGCCCUAUAGUUGCUCAGCACCAUCAGAGCACAAUUUUAUUGUGCCAUCCAGCAGUCAGCGCCCCAGGUCCGUUUCAGAGCUUACUAAGUCUACCUUCCCUUCGAGGCGCCUCAGCAGCCCCUCAUAUGAAACAAGUCCACCCUGCCAGCCAAGUCUCCAUGGAAGGGCCUCACUCCCUGCCAUACCCAAACUUAGCCUGGUCUCCAAGACCAAGAGGGCUCUAGAGAGGCGCUGCACUGUCACAGGAGACACUUUCACCUAUAACGAGCGCACAAAGCUCACCUGUCAAGGACCCCAGCUCCUGCUACCCUCCACCGUGCGCCAGUCCCACACCCUCCCAGAGGAACUGUCUGAGAUGAGCCCCAAGCUACACCCACGUCUCCACUUCAGCCUGCACUUCUCCCCAGCAAACGGGACCCUGACAGUGACUGUGUUAAGUUUAUCCAGCACCCCACGCAAGCUGGGAGGUGUUUAUGUAUGCCUCAGUCUACUCCCUCGCUGUCCUGAACCUUUUCAGACAUCUGUGCGCCGGCGUAGCACAAGCCCUGAAUUCGGAGAGAGCUUCCUGUUCCAGGUGGGAUCUGUUGAAGACCUGCAGGAGUGCUCUCUCCGGCUCACGGUUUUUGCAAAGGACUUCCCUGGACUGCGGGAUGCCCUCCUGGGGCAGGUGGUACUGUCUUGUACGGAUUUGGACUGGGAACCUGACCUGCCUGUCAGAUAUGCACGAGAUCUGACCCUCCCCAAGGGGAAACUCAAAAAGAGUCUUAGUUCUCAGGACACAUAUACCCGUAGGAGCUCCACAUCAAGCUUUAAACCCCUAGGCCAGCUUUUCAUCCUGCUGCAGUAUCAGACACUGGCUCAUCGGAUCAAGGUGAUGGUCCGUAAAGCAGAGAACCUGACCAAGAUCAACCGCAUGCCAGGGGCACCAGAUCACUAUGUGGUGAUUCAUCUGCGGCAGAAUGGUGAGGUGAUUGGUACCAAGGAAACAAAGGUGGCCAGCGGAUGCAACGCAGUUUGGAAUGCUCCUUUCCUCUUUGACAUGCCCCCUGGAGAGAUCCAGAAGUUGCCCCUCUCCCUGGAGUUUGUCGUCAUGCAGGGGCGUAUUUACACAAAGAGUAGCGUUCUGGGCCACGUGCUGAUUGGCCAGAAUGCACCAGAAGCAGGACAAGUGCACUGGAAAGACAUGUGCAGCAGGGGGCAGGUGGAGUCGGCCCGAUGGCACGCCAUCCAGCCUGACUGGCUGUAGAGCUCUCCCAGGACCCGGGCCUGCCUACAGACACUAUUCCACAGGAGCAAGGAGCGGCUCGCUUAGGAACCGUGUUGGUGUAGCGUACUGAGUACAGGGAAAGUUGAAACUGGGCUGUAAAUAAAGGCCACCAAGUCAGAAAUCUGUUCUCUCAAGGAGGUUUUAUUUUGUGAUAAAUGUUAAUUUGUUUUCUGCAUUGAUCGAUUGUUCACUGUUCGUUUGUCAAUCAAUUUGAAUGAAAAAAGUCUGUAUAAAACAAUGAGCAAUUAUUUUUUUUCAUUACACAUCUAUUAGACAUGGAAGUAACACUUUCAUUAUUUAAAUAGGAUAUGCCACAUUAAUAUGUGAAUUAACCUGAAGAAAUGCUUGUAGUUAGACUCAACAAAGGAUUGAAUAGAUUGUGUGGUCAAAAAUUUGUUUUCCACAAUUUAAAGGUCCUCCUGGCAUUGUCAAAGUAAUUAAUAAUAUAAUAUAAAAGUAAUUUAAUUAGUUUUAUGCACUGCUUUAAUGAUUCCCAAAUGGAAUAUGAUGUCAUGUUGUUUAUUACAUGUAUAGUGUGCAGCUAGACUGAGCUUUUGCAGUACCUUUUGACCAGACAUCAAGGUGCUUACAUAAACCCUGUUAAUAAAGGAUGGACUGUUCCUAGUUCAAAUAGCAUGGUUCUAAACAGCUUUAGAGAUGGUAUUCAAUUUUCCCUCUGGCACUAAAGCUGUUCCUGAUUUCAAGACAGAAGAAACACCGGUCAGGCCCACAAUCAGAGGGCCCACAAAUUCAUAGUACAUGCCAAAGUGGUGUAAAAAUGGCAUUAAUUAAAGGAAACUACAUUGAUUUUGUUUUUGUUGCUUUUCUUACUUGGGAAUGAUUCAAAUGAGGUGCUCAUCUGGACUAACUAGUAACUACUGGUAAAAAUUAAUUAUUAUUUAAAAGAAGAAUGUGAACUAUAGCAAAAGUAAUAUACAAGUAUAUCAACAUUCUCUUGUUAGGCUGUCAAGAAAGCAAUCCAACAUACCUGUAGAAGGCUUCACAGCUGAAAUGUUGUGACUUUUUUUUCAGCAUGGAAUAAACCUGUUCCAAUCCACCAUACCUGUGGGACAAUGUCAUUUUGCUCAUUAGCCAGGGAAGCAAGACUACACUUAAUCAAUAUAAUAGAUGAGCAUUUCAAAAUGUCCAUUGCAAUAAGCAAUUUAUCAAAGUUAUUUUGUGAAAUUGACAAAGAUAUGCAUUAUGAGCUGACAGAGAUUUAAUGUAAAUUACCAUGUAAUAACAACAAAUAAUUAAGAUAUCUACCUUGGGAACGACAAAGGUACACCUACAUCUACAGUAUGUGUAAGUGUCAACUACUGUACAUCUAUCCACUCAUCUUAGGCCUGUUAUAUAUGUUUGGCACUGUUAUAUAUGUUUGGACAGUGCAUGUGUAUUUAGAAGCUGAUUGCUACUCAAAAAUGAUGAAGCUUCACAAAUGAGGAGCAAUCAUGUCCAUUAAUAUGGUACAGAAGUAGUAUUAACACUUCACUCAGUCUAGACAAAGGCACAUUGAUCUACAGGAUUACCUCUGAAGUGUUCAAGCUAUAAGAAAUCAAAAUGAAAAUGCUUGCAUUUAUAUGUGUAAUGUGGGAGUGUGUAUUAGAUAUGACCCCUACCCAAAUAUGACCCCUUUUUUCAUUUAGCUUGUGUGAAGUUAUGGAUGCCUUUUUUCUGCAGAUAGUGGUGAUGUUAUCAUUUUUGCUUGAAGGAUGUUUAAUGUAAAAUAUAAUAUGUUGUUCAGGAAACUAAGGUGAUUUAUCCCUAGUAGGUACAAUAAACAUCCCUCAAUUGCUUUUUUGUAAUAUUUAAGAAAUGUUUAUUUUCCUUGUGCUUUUUGUGUUUGACAGGUCUGUAUUUCUGUUCAUACUUUGUGAGUCAGCAAUCUAUUAGUCAUUCUCCAUGGAGUUUAAUUGUGAACGGGAUCUGUAGCUACUAUAGAAACCUUUUUCUGUUUAUGAUACACAAAAUGUUUACCUUUCCUGUAUCAUAGAGGUCAUCAAUUAUCUAUUAUCCUGUUUUAUGAUGGGCAUUAAAUACAAUACAAAUUGCCA